AUCAGUUUGGGGGUCAGAGGAGACCUGAACACAGCGGGUAAAAACUGAACGAUCCAGCAGGAAAACCCAAAGAGGGUCUGUGUGAUCUGCAGAGAGCUGAAGAGACUGUCCUCUGAAACACAGAGUCUCUCACCUGCAGAGAUCAGAAAGAAACAGGUAUCUGUGAAUACGGCAGUCUGUGGGGGUCAGUCUGUGAGGGUCAGUCUGUGAGGGUCAGUCUGUGAGGGUCAGUCUUUGAGGGUCAGUCUGUGAGGGUCAGUCUGUGAGGGUCAGUCUGUGCGGGUCAGUCUGUGAGGGUCAUUCUGUGAGGGUCAGUCUGUGAGGGUCAGUCUGUGGGGGUCAGUCUGUAAGGGUCAGUCUGUGAGGGUCAGUCUGUGAGGGUCUGUGAGGGUCUGUGAGGGUCAGUCUUUGAGGGUCAGUCUGUGAGGGUCAGUCUCCAGGAUGCUGCAGCUGUGUCAGGUGACCCGCGCCCUGUUCAUCAGUAACGCUCGCUCCGCCUGCAGCGAGGAGCUUCUGCAGCGUGAGGCUGUGACGCUCGCCAUCAACGUGUCCAAGCAGCAGCCGUUCCCCCCCGCCUCCGCCGUCGUGGCCACGCUGCAGAUCCCGGUGUACGACGACCCGUCCGAGGACCUGUACGCUCACUUCGACCGCAGUGCCGACGCCAUCCAGCAGGAGGCGCAGCGGGGCGGGCGCAGCGUCGUCUACUGCAAGAACGGACGCAGCCGCUCGGCCACCGUCUGCAUCGCCUACCUGAUGAAACACCGCGGGCUGACGCUGAGUGACGCCAAGCAGAAAGUGAAGACGGCUCGUCACGAGAUCGAUCCGAACCCCGGCUUCCUGUCUCAGCUGCAGCGAUACGAGCUGGAGCUGAAGAAGAGACGAGGAAAGAAAGACAGAAAGGUGGAGAGACAGACUGAUUGACGGCGAGACAGACAGACAGACAGACAGACAGACAGACAGACAGACAGACAGACAGACAGACAGACAGACAGACAGACAGACAGAGACGUCCUGUAUCUCCGUCUGUGACUGAAUUAAACUCUGGUUUUUAAGAUGGUGUUUUAGGGCUAUUGUACAUUUAACAAAAUAAUUAAGAGCUGGAGAAAUGGAAUCAUAUUCUGGAAAAAAAAUUGGAAUUUUCAAAGACUGAAGUCGUACAGUUUGGAGGAAAUUCCUGAGAUGUUAUCCAAAUUUGCAAAAUGAAGGGAUGUGGUUACCAGGCAGAAAACAUCAAAAGAAAAUUCCUCAGCAUGUGAAAAAUAUUUAAGUUUUAUUUUGUAACUUUAUGAAGUUUUUUUCUGGUAAUUUAAAAGCUAUAAUCUCAGAGAGGUUCCACAUUUCUCCCCCUUUUUAUUUUAGAAAAUAUUUGAAUUUAAGCUCCAAAAUGUCCUAGUUGUAUUUUGAAAAAUAAGCAAUAUUUAUUUCAGAGAAUAUCCAAAUGUUGAACUUGAAUCUCACUAAUGCUGUUAUUUUAAUUUAAUUUUUGUUUUACCCAUGGCCCUAAAAUAAGACCUUACACAGACAUAAGUGUGAGCUGUUUAUUUGAUUUAAAGCUGAUUAAAAAUGUCAAAAAUAAAAGAGAGCUUCAGUGCGGCUGCUGCUAAAUCACAGCUAACAAAAGGAGAAAAAGAGAAUUAUGGAAACAAAAACAAAAAUAAAACAGACUGAAUUAAAUAGCAUUCAAUAAAAAAAACAGAGGCUAUAAUGUUAGGGACUGUGCAAGACAAUAAUACACAUCAUAAAUGUUUAAAUACAUAUUUUGAUAUUUUAUUGUACAGUUUAGCUGUUAUGACAGCUGUAGUAACACAGGUAGACCUAACACCUGUGAUAAGAGCUUUCUCUCUUCUUUUCAUAAGGGCUAAAUGUGUUAGAAAUAGAAAACAGUGCAGCUAAUUAAGUAAAGAUAAAAUAAUGGAGGCGUUUCCUCGUUAUUUUACUUGAAAUAAAACGUAUUUAAAGUUUCUUUAAUGAUUUCUUUUAGUAAACCUAAAAGUUGCUCCACCUUUAAAGAUGACGGGUGCAGUUCCACCUUCUACCUCUAGAUGGAGACGUUUACACUUUAUGUUUGGCUGUGGUCUUCAUCACUGUGACGCAGUACUGUUGACACGUGAUGAAUCAGCUGCAGCACAUUACAUAACCCCCAGCAGGAGCCACUCUUUUUGUAGAGUCUUUCUUCUCCUGGUGGUUGUUGGGCUUCAGGUUUCUGUGGUUUUAAUAUUUCCUUGUACACUUGGUUGUUUUCCGUCCCUUAGUCGUUGUGUUGCAUCAGUUUGUAGACAUUCUGCAUCUCUUUCUGCACAUUUCUCUUGUCCUUGUGUUUGUUGUGCUUCUGUUUUUAUAUUUCUUUGUUUACAUUUUGCUAUUACUUUUGGAUUGUUUGCUCCCUCGAUAGAUGUUUUCCGUCUCUUUUAGAAGUGUAACUUCUCCUUGUGUUUGUUUUGCUUCUCUAUGUUGUUGUUUUGAUGUCAUUUAGGUGGUUUUAUAUUGUUUAUAUACAUUUUGCAUAUCUUAGGAUCAUGAAUCUGUGCUUAAUGAAUAAAUCAGACGUUAGCUCAGGUUAAGAAGCAUUAUUCCAAGGUGAAGUCUUUAAGCAUUAAACUAGCGACAGUAGCGUGUUAUAUCUGAUGUCAGAUCGUAGAAGUAGUUUAAAUCUCAUCUUAAAGCUGCGAUUAAAGAUGUUUGGAACAACAGAUCAAUAUUAGGAAUCUACAGAUAACCUGCUGCAGUAUUCUGCAUUUUAAUGAUAAAACUGACUAAACACGUUAGUUUUUCUGUGAUGCAGAAAUAAAAAUAAUCUUAAAAUCAAGACUUCGAUGAUUGGUUAUAUCUUAAUCACCUAGAUAUCGACCCUGGAUAUAAGUAACUCGACACAAGAACACAGUGUGUGUGUGUGUGUGUGAGUUUGUGAGGGUGUGUUUGUGUGUUUGUGAGGGUGUGUGUGUGUGUGUGUCUGAACAGGUGUGUCUAUGUGGUGCUGAGUUAAAUCCUUCAGACCUGAUGUCAUUACAAACCGUGUGAGACCUCACUGCUAAAACAAUGAAAGGGUUUCCUGCAGAUCAACACCCUCUGCUGCUGGAAUCAUGUGUCCAAAAAUAAAUGAAGUUGUGUGAUCA